CGGCGCCUCAGGCCUUCUCUUUUUAAAAGAGACUUCCUACUCUCGCUUUCGAUCUGUGCUGCAGCGUCGCUUCCCGCUCCGACUUGUGGGGAGCAACAUGGCCAAUCGCGGGGCGCCGAAGAUCAGUCUCGGGACAACCAUCAUGGCCGUUGAGUUCGAUGGAGGCGUCGUGGUGGGUUCCGACUCGCGUGUCUCCGCAGGGCAGUCUGUGGUGAACCGGGUCUUCAACAAGCUCGAGCCGCUGCAUGACCGGAUUUACUGCGCGCUAUCAGGAUCCGCAGCUGAUGCUCAGGCGAUCGCCGACAUAGUGAAUUACCAGCUGGAGCUGCACAGCCUAAACAUGGAGGAGCCCCCACUGGUCCUGGCUGCAGCCACCUUGGUGAAAAACAUCAGCUACAAGCACAAGGAGGAGCUCUCAGCGCACCUUAUUGUAGCGGGAUGGGACCACAAGAAAGGAGGGCAGGUGUAUGUGACAAUGGGGGGGAUGCUCGCUCGGUUCCCCUUUUCCAUUGGGGGAUCCGGGAGUACCUACAUCCAAGGCUACGUCGACUCCGCCUACAAACCCGGGAUGGAUGCAGAGGAAUGCCGCCAGUUCACCAAAAACGCGAUCGCCCUGGCCAUGGUCCGAGACGGAUCCAGCGGUGGCGUUAUUUACCUCGCUACCAUCACCAAAGACAGCGUCAAGGAGGAAGUUAUCGUGGGAGAAGACGUUCCCAAGUUUUAUGAUGAAUGAACUUGCUCUCCAUUUUGGGGUUGUGCUUUUUUUUAAUCCAGUAAAAGUCAUGAGACUAGA